AUGGGUUAUUGCCCAAAUCAUGAUGCUUUAGGCUCCAAGGCUCCUAACAUAUCAUUACUUCACCUCUUUAGUGAACAUACUAUAAUAUGCACUAAAAAGUUAACUCUUUCUAACGCAAUUCAAGAUUUUGGAACCAUGACACCAAUGAUGACACCAAGGUUUGUUCCAUCUAAGGAAAUUGCAAGGACGCAUUUUAAGCAUGGUGCAGUCAACUACAAUGAAAGAUCACCAAAACUGCUGAAGCAAAUCACACUGCCUAUUAUUUCUAUGCUUGUAAAGCUGUCAUGGAGCGUCCAUUACGCACCUCAGAUGUAA